UUCACUCAAAACUCCACAUCCUAAACACUUGUACUUUUAGCUCUAAGCCAACUAGGGUUUUGAGAAGAUCAAAUGGCCUCAAAAAGAUCAGCUUCCAUGGCCCUUUUUCUGGCACUCAACAUCCUAUUCUUCUCCCUAGGCAAUGCUUGCAACUCCUGCCCUUCCACCAACCCUAACCCUAACCCGAGGCCAAAUCCGAACCCCACCCCCACUCCAUCUGCAAGAGGCAGAUGCCCUAGGGAUGCUCUUAAAUUAGGCGUCUGUGCCAAUGUGCUUAACUUGGUCAAUGUCGUAGUUGGUUCACCCCCGGUGCAGCCAUGCUGCUCCCUUCUCCAAGGCCUGGUUGACCUCGAAGCUGCCGUUUGCCUAUGCACCGCACUCAGGGCUAACGUGUUGGGGCUCAACCUUAAUAUCCCAGUUUCCCUUAGCUUGCUUCUCAACGUUUGCGGAAGGAGCACUGGCUUCCAAUGCUAAAUUCUAAGUUUUCAAUAUCUUGAUCAUGUUGGUCGUGGUUUCCUUUAUUUGUAGUAAAUCAGUGUUUUCGAUUGUUGUUAUAAUUUCCAAGUGGGAGUUGAAUAAGUCCAAUACUUUUCUUCAAGUGUCCUUGGAGAUUUCUGCUGUAUCUCAAAGGGACAUGAAAAAGACUUGCAUUAAUUACUAUAUUCCUUUAUGCAUUUAUUAAUAACAUCUCUAAAGCUAGUUUUACA